AUGACAGAGCUCAAAGAGCCCUGGGCCUUCUUCCCUGGCCUGGCUGUGUUUGGGAGGGCUGCCCAAUUGGGGGUCUCUAAGGAGCAUGAGUCUCCUUUCUCACCCCAGGUGUGCAGACUGCUGACCACCGCAGUUGCAGAGCUACUCACAGUGAUACCAAGAGCAUCUCCCUGAAGAGUCUCCCCGCCUGAGAAGAUUCUGGGUGCCCUAGGACUAAGGACUUUGGAAGAUGUCCAGAAGGGUCCUCCAAAGCCGUAACCUCUCCAGCCAACGCAUGCAUCUAAGCUGAGUCCCGGUCCCAAGCUUUGAUCUCAGGAAACCGAUUUCUCUCAGCCAUGUGCUUCUGAGUGGUCUGCUGAGGAACGAUGGGAGGUCAGCCCAGCAGAGGGAAAGCCCCACCAAGUCCAAGCUCGAGCCGCUCUGUCCAAGGCCUGGUCCCUUUGCCCACGCAAGCAGAGAGAAGCAGGGCCACAGCCGUGGCCCUGAGCAGUUACCCGGUAGGUGAGCACACAGAGCUGUCGCUGAGACUCGGGGAGCCGUUGACCAUCAUCUCUGAAGAUGGAGACUGGUGGACUGUGGUGUCAGAAGUUUCAGGCACAGAACACAGCAUCCCCAGCAUCCACGUGGCCAAAAUCUCCCAUGGUUGGCUGUAUGAGGGCCUGAGCCGUGAGAAAGCUGAGGAGCUGCUGUUGCUGCCUGGAAACUCGGGAGGGGCCUUCCUCAUCCGAGAGAGCCAAACCAGGAGAGGCUGUUACUCCCUGUCAGUCCGUCUCAGCCGCCCUGCAUCCUGGGACCGGAUCAGACACUACAGGAUUCAGUGCCUUGACAAUGGCUGGCUGUACAUCUCACCACGCCUCACCUUCCCCUCACUCCAGGCCUUGGUGGAUCAUUACUCUGAGUUGGCGGAUGACAUCUGCUGCCUCCUUAAGGAGCCCUGUGCUCUGCAGAGGGCUGGCCCAGUCCUCAGCAAUCCUAUACCCCCACCUGUGAUUGUGCAGAGGACACCACUCAAUUGGAAAGAGUUGGACAGCUCCCUCCUGUUCUCUGAAGCACCUGGCGCAGGAGAGGCCCCUCUCCUCAGUGAGGGACUCCGGGAGGCCCUCAGCUCCUAUAUCAGCCUGACUGAUGACAGCUCCUUGGAUGAUGCCAGGGCCCAAAGCAGAGACCAAAAGGGAAUCCAAGGCUGCAGCACCUAGACUCCCAGCUCAGCUCAGUCUGAGAAUUCGAGGCAAAUCCAGGGUCCCACCUAUGUCCUCUGCUCCUUCCUCUCUCAGCCCUAAUAAGUUACUUAACCUUCUCCCAGUGCCAUAAACUCACCUGCAACCUCUAGUUCAAAUACAGACCAGCUGAGAAUAGGAACAGGGCUCCAAGAGACUAAACCUCUGGAGUUUGACCCAGUUAGUACCUGAGUUUGGGGUUUCCAGUACCAUCUUCCACCCCUGCUUGUUGAGUGAGUCCCCUUCUAUACCUCCCCAGCCCCACUCACAAGGUAGAAACCACCACUAGCAUCAAGAAGAAAAAUCAUUUAAGGAGAAUUUACAUGUCUCAGAAUUCUAUACCUCAGAAGGUAGGACUGUGGCCUAGACGGGACAGGAAAGCAGAAGGGAUGGAUGUCUUACCCCAGCAACAGAAUACAAGAUGUCCAGCCUCCAUCUGGCCCCCAGAACAAAAAGGACCUCUGACAGUCCAGGUUCUCAAACAGCCCCAUCAAGCCUCUUCUCUAGAUAGUCCUAGCUCUGAGUUCUCUUUCGUUUUGUGGCUUAUCAUUUGAACCUGCCUAAGCUUUCCUGGCUACAAUGGCCUUGCCAUCUUGUGGCCAAAUUCAAAAUGGCACCUUCUGGGCCUAGCACACUGUAGUGAGGUCAGUCAUGUCUCUCAGUUGGGGGCAGGGGCAUCAGAAGUCAGUAAGCCACAAAGCCAAGGCCACAGCCUACACCAACUCUAGCCCCUAACUUCCCUGCUGCCCAGUAAAGGAAAGGAGGCCUGGCUGGAGCUCCUAUAGGAGCAGGGAGAAGAGGAAGGGGGAU